AUGGAGCAAUCAAAACUAGACUUAGAGGACCUUCCCACGUCUUCUCACAUUAAAUUACCGGUAUUCGGUAUUAACAACCCCCGGUUAUGGUUCGUCCAAGCCAAAGCCCAUUUCCGUGCCCACCGCAUCCGUUCCCAGAAGCUUAUUUAUUCCCAUAUAGUCACUUCCCUGCCCACCGAUAUUGCGGAACAGGUGUUCGAAUUCAUCACCACCAUGCCCGAGACUGACCCAUACACUCAAUUGAAGGAAGCGUUAAUCACCCGCACAGCUGUGUCAGAUGAACGUCGAUUAGAUGAGUUGUUUAAAGAUCUCGAAAUCGGCGACCGCACCCCGUCCCAGUUGUUGCGACACAUGCGGCAACCUUGGUUUCUUCACUUGAACUAUCCUGCUUCUCCCACCUGA